UUGAAUAAAAAUGAGUAAAAUGAAAAAUAGAUCCUUGGGCGGCUCAACUGUCACAGAUGCAAACACUGCACUACAAAGACAAAAAAAGCUGUACGUAAGAAACUGGGGAAAAGACUUCAUUGAUCACUCUCUCCAGCCAAGUUGGAAAAACCGCCGGAUACUCGACGGAGGGAGACAAAUGGCGUCCUGGAAUUCAGUCCCUCUUCAAAUAACAUACGAAACUUUUGGAUGGAUCGCCUUCUUUUCUUGGUCUAUCAGUUUCUACCCGCAAGUCAUCUUGAAUUUCCGCCGGAAAAGAGUGGUGGGUUUGAACUUCGAUUUCGUUGUGUUGAAUUUGACCAAGCACUCUUCUUAUUUGAUUUACAACGCUUCUCUUUACUUCAGCUCUGCUAUUCAGAAGCAGUAUUUCGAUAAAUAUGGCUAUGGGGAGAUGAUACCUGUAGCUGCAAAUGAUGUUGCAUUUUCAAUACAUGCUGUUCUGUUGACAGCAAUUACAUUGUUCCAAAUUGUAAUUUAUGAUCGUGGCAAUCAAAAGGUUUCUAAGAUUUCUAUAGCUAUUGUCUGUGCUGUAUGGCUGGUUGCAGCUGUUUGUUUUUUCAUAGCUUUGCCUAGCCACUCUUGGUUGUGGCUGAUCUCCAUCUUUAACUCAAUUCAAGUUUUUAUGACAGUCAUCAAGUAUAUUCCCCAGGCAGUAAUGAAUUUCAUGCGAAAGAGCACUGAUGGCUUCUGCAUUGGAAACAUUUUGCUUGAUUUUCUUGGAGGUGUGACUAAUUAUGCUCAAAUGGCUGUGCAGUCCAUAGACCAAAAUUCUUGGGUAAACUUUUAUGGCAACAUAGGGAAGACGCUGCUAUCUUUGAUCUCUGUGUUCUUUGACCUUGUUUUCAUGUGUCAACAUUUUAUCUUAUAUCCUGGCAACAAAGCUCACAUCUCUACCAAGCCAAAUAAAGAGGGGGCAGAACCACUGAUUAAGUCUCCCGACGACCCAACAUCAGAAAACGUGUAAAGAUUAGCUUGGGCGAUAACAUUAGAAAGAAACAUAUAGACUUAGAUGCUGUUUCUUUCUUGUAUAUUUGCCUGUUGUACAAGAAUGCUUAAAUUAGAAUUGUAUUUUAAGUAGCUGAAAGAUAAAGCAUUUGUAUAAAUGUAAGAACUAUUUAUUAUGCAUAAUAAUUUAAAGUUUUAGUUUUACUUACCA